GAUAUUAUCAACUUGCACUCAGAUAAUAACACUACUCUCAACCUCUCAAUUCUAGGACUAUCCUCAAAUCAGGUUGCCUGGGAUGGCAGACACGCCAUACAGUAAUUUUGACAGCAGUACUUCUGAUUACCCGGACUUUACCCCUACGCAAGCUCUUCAAACUCAAUAUGGACAGCAUAAUACUGUAAUAGUGGAACAACAGGAGCAGGAAGAUCUAGCGAAGCCUUAUAUGGAUAUGGUCGAAUUAAUCGGUAAAAUGCGCAGCAGCGGAAUUGAUAAUGGACAGGCAAUAGAAAUAUUAGGUGCUUAUCAUCAUCAAGAAUAUCCUUGGAAGCGCAACUUCUAUACACCAUCUUUGGUAUCCAUUGGGCCCAAGUACUCUAAAGAGGUUGAUCAAGUUAAGGACAAGGAGUACAAGAAUCUGUAUAUGAAGUCUUUUCUUGAAAGGGCAGUGGGGCAGUCGGUGGAAGAGUAUCGGGAAUACCUUAGGAAUGAGAUGAAAUUGUUGGACAAAGCCCGAAAUUAUUAUAAGGAAAUUGGAAUUACCUACCCCCAUAAUGACGAAGAGCUGGUAGACAUGUUGUUGCUUGAUGGCUGCUUUGUGGUGGAGUUUGUUAUGAAAUGCAAGGAAGGCGGCAAUGGUGAUCCCCGCCGUAGCGUUGAAGGGAAGAAAGCUCGUGAAGACAUGCUUCUGUUCGAGAAUCAACUCUCUUUUGAUGUCCUCUCUGCCAUUUAUAAGAAAAUGACUGCUAGUCAUACUGAAGAAGUUCCUAGUUUCAUCAGAUUGGUGAAGUUCAGUUUUGCAUCUUUAGCACCAAACUUUACCUUUCAUAACUUCUAUGAUGAUAAUCUACCUGAAAACCCCAUGAAUCUACUCCAUGUGGUCCACAGUCUUUGUGUUCCCAACGUUAAUUCCCAUAGAAUUGAAGUAAGGGAGGCAGAAGGGGAUAUAGAUGAUGUUACCAAUAAGUGGCUAACAUUAAACCAUAUAAACACCGCAACAGAGCUUCAAGAGGUGGGUGUGGGCUUUAAGAACACCGGCGAAAUUUUCACUAUGCCAAAGGAAUAUGCAAAAAUUCCAGCAAAAUUGAAAGCGAAUAAAGAGCCCAAUGGUAUUAGCCUGUUCGAUAUAACCUUUUCUUCUGGGGAAAUGAGAAUCCCUUGUUUCAAAGUCGACAACUCCACUGAACUAUUCUUCCGAAACAUGAUCGCCCUGGAACAGCAAUCUUGCCAGGUAAACCCCAAAUACUACACAGACUAUGCGAGGCUGAUGAGCCACCUGGUGAAGGGGAAUAAAGACAUCACUUUUCUCCGCAAGAAUGGGACAAUUCACAAUCUCUUAGGUGAAGAUGGGAAAGUGGCCUAUAUGUUCAACAACCUGAGUGUUGAGAUAGACACUUCCAAUAACUUUUACUUUGCUUCGGUUUACACGGCUGUGAAUGGGCUUUGUCGCAACAGACGCCAUGUGUGGAAGCAAAAACUAAAAAAAUUCUUUUUCGUUCUAUGGAAGGUGGUUUAUAUUACCUUGAGUGCUAUCUCCUUGUUGCUUUUGGCAAUUCAGGAAUAUACAAACAGUACAUAGUCACAUUUGAUUAGUGUCUUUUGUCCUGGGUUCAUCAACAAUGUACAUUAUUAUUGUUGUUUUGCUGUUUUGUUUUGUUUUGUUUUUUUUUGUUUGUUUGUUUUUUUUUAAUAUAUUGUAAUAGUUGUUUAUAUUUACCCUAUUAUUGAUAAUAACUUGUUGUAACAGUGACUUUAUUUUUC